AUGGCCGAAGUCGCCGCCUCCGCAAACAGCAACCAACAGGUUCCGCUGGACACGAUUCCCAUCUCGCCUACCGACAACUCUGGAGAGGGCGAACAGUCCAGCAGCAAUGCAGCAAAUGAGGGCGAGAUCCGCACUGUCUUCCAUGACCCCGAGAACUUCAACGUCAAGCACCCGCUCAUGAACACAUGGACACUGUGGUUCACUAAGCCCCCGAGUGGCAAGGGCGACAACUGGGCCGAACUGCUCAAGGAGGUUAUCUCGUUUGACUCGGUCGAGGAGUUCUGGGGCAUCUACAACAAUAUUACUCCAACAUCCGACCUGGCACUCAAGUCCGAUUACCAUCUCUUCAAGAAGGGCGUACGUCCCGAGUGGGAAGACUCACAAAACAAGCACGGUGGCAAAUGGGCUUUCCAGUUCAAGGACAAGAAGGCAAUCAACAUUGAUGCGCUCUGGCUGCACGUCAUGCUGGCCGCCAUUGGCGAGAACCUUGAGGAUGAGGACGACAACGAAGUCAUGGGUGUUGUCGUCAACGUUAGGCGAGGUUUCUACCGUAUCGGUCUCUGGACACGCUCAGUCGGCCGUGCUAUCCCCGGCGAUGGAGGCAAGGGAAGGACCCAAGAGCAGGGCAAGGAGGUCCUUCUCAAGAUUGGCAGGCGAUUCAAGCAGGCGCUACAGCUCAAGGAUAACGAUGUUGUCGAAUUCUCUGGACACACCGAUGCUGCUCACGCCGGUAGCACUCGCGCAAAAGCCAAGUUCAGCGUCUAA